AUUCAAUUCUAUUUUAUUAUGAUCACUUCUUUCUUCGCCUACCAUUAUUACAUUUCGAUUUUAAUAUAGAAAUGUGUUACUGUUAGUGUUACGUUACCUUUAGUACAAAGGCUUUGGAGAUUCAUGAUCUGCAAAGAGUUAAACUGUUGCCAAAAAUACAGAAACUCAAGUCCACACCAAACGUUGUUGUCUUUUGAGAAAUUUCCUGUUUUAACCUUAUGAUAUCAAUCACAAGUACAACGUUAAACAUUACAAAUAUUUCUUUCCUUUCCUUUCCUCGUCUCCUCUCGCUGACUGUUUUUGCUAUAUUCACCAUGUCAACCUCACGUGCCUGAAACCACACACUCUGACACAACACUCACAAAGCAACUGCUACUAAAAUCUCUGUCAUGUCCAAUAACCAUCUUUCUAAUGGAGAAUCCGAACCUCUUCUUCGCCGACCCUUGUUAUCUUCUCAAAGAUCCAUUAUCAACUCAACUUCACAAGUUGCCAUCGUUGGUGCCAAUGUCUGCCCUAUUGAGAGUCUCGAUUAUGAGAUUUUUGAAAAUGAAUUCUUCAAGCAGGAUUGGAGAAGUAGAGGGGUUGUUCAGAUUUUGCAGUAUAUAUGUAUGAAGUGGCUAUUAUGUUUUAUGAUUGGUUUAAUUGUUGGUUUUAUUGGGUUUUGUAACAAUCUUGCUGUUGAGAAUCUUGCUGGUAUCAAGUUUGUCACCACAUCCAAUAUGAUGUUGGAAAGGAGGUUUAUGUUUGCCUUUUUUAUAUUUUUUGCUUCAAAUUUGAGUCUCACGCUUUUUGCGUCAAUAAUAACGGCUUUUAUAGCACCUACUGCUGCUGGUUCAGGCAUAUCAGAGGUGAAGGCUUACCUAAAUGGUGUUGAUGCACCUGGAAUUUUUACUGUACGAACUCUCUGUGUUAAGAUUAUUGGAAGUAUUACAGCAGUGUCAGGCUCUCUUGUUAUUGGGAAGGCAGGGCCUAUGGUGCAUACAGGUGCAUGUGUGGCAGCAUUGUUGGGUCAGGGAGGCUCCAAAAGAUAUGGAAUAACAUGGAGAUGGUUAAGAUUUUUUAAGAACGACCGUGAUCGACGGGAUCUAAUAAUAUGCGGAUCAGCAGCUGGGAUUGCUGCUGCUUUCCGUGCCCCUGUUGGCGGCGUCUUGUUUGCUCUUGAAGAGAUGGCAUCUUGGUGGAGAACUGCCCUUCUAUGGAGAGCUUUUUUUACAACAGCAACAGUUGCAAUUUUCCUUCGAGCUAUGAUUGAUGUAUGUCUAAGCGACAAAUGCGGUUUAUUCGGUAAAGGGGGACUGAUAAUGUUUGAUGCUUAUUCAGCAAGUAUUUCAUACCAUUUGGUAGAUGUUCCUCCUGUGUUUAUUCUUGCUGUUGUAGGAGGGUUACUCGGAAGCUUAUUUAAUUUUAUGACGAACAAAGUUCUUCGCAUAUACAAUGUUAUCAACGAGAAAGGCACUAUAUGCAGACUUUUUCUUGCUUGUUUAAUCUCCAUUUUUACAUCAUGUCUUCUAUUCGGAUUGCCAUGGCUUGCACCAUGCCGACCUUGCCCUCCUGAUGCUGUUGAGCCUUGUCCAACAAUAGGUCGAUCCGGUAUCUACAAGAAAUUCCAAUGCCCUCCUAAUCACUACAAUGGCCUUGCCAGUCUCAUUUUUAACACAAAUGACGAUGCUAUCAGAAACCUAUUUAGCAUGCACACUGACAAUGAAUUCGAGCUUUCGUCAAUGUUGGUUUUUUUUAUCAUAUGUCUCUUUUUAAGUAUCUUUAGCUGUGGAAUUGUUGCCCCGGCCGGUCUGUUUGUGCCAAUUAUCGUGACUGGUGCAUCGUAUGGGCGCCUGGUUGGAAUAUUGGUUGGAGAACGGACCAAUCUUAGCAAUGGCCUUUAUGCUGUACUUGGCGCCGCUUCUCUUCUUGGUGGAUCUAUGAGGACGACGGUUUCUCUGUGUGUAAUUAUGCUAGAACUGACCAAUAACCUGUUAUUGCUUCCCUUAAUAAUGAUGGUGCUUGUGGUUUCCAAGAGUGUAGCAAAUGUUUUCAAUGCAAAUGUAUAUGACCUUAUAAUGAAAGCCAAAGGUUUGCCCUAUUUAGAAACUCACGCUGAACCAUAUAUGAGGCAGUUAACAGUAGGUGAUGUAGUCACAGGCCCGCUUCAGAUGUUUAAUGGCAUAGAGAAGGUUCGCAACAUAGUGUUUAUCCUUAGAACAACAGCACACAAUGGAUUCCCUGUUAUUGAUGAGCCUCCGGGUUCGGAAGCUCCGAUUUUAUUCGGUAUAAUUCUUCGCCACCAUCUUACCACAUUGUUAAAGAAGAAAGCUUUCUUGCCAUCACCUGUGGCGAAUAGUUACGAUGUCGUGAGAAAGUUUUCAUCAGAUGAUUUUGCGAAGAAGUAUUCAGUUGAACGUGUGAAGAUUGAGGAUAUACAGUUAACGGAGGAAGAGAUGGGCAUGUUCGUUGAUCUACAUCCUUUUACUAAUGCUUCGCCUUACACUGUUGUGGAAACAAUGUCACUGGCAAAGGCACUUAUACUUUUUCGAGAGGUCGGUUUAAGACACUUGCUCGUGAUACCCAAGAUACCCGGUAGAUCGCCCGUGGUGGGCAUAUUAACACGGCAUGAUUUUACACCGGAACAUAUAUUGGGUAUGCAUCCUUUUCUGGUAAAAAGCAGGUGGAAAAGAUUAAGAUUUUGGCAAACUUUUCUAGAAAAAAUUCUUUCUGGCAUCUGAGCAAGACCAGCAAGCUUAAUUAAGCUUACACAUUCUAGAAAAGAUUAUGGUUUUUUUCCCUCAUAAUUUGAUGGAAUUCAAAGGUCCGAAUUAUUAUACUCACAUAUCCAAAAGGAAAAUCAAAUUGUUAGACAAUGAGCUCUUUGGCUUGUAAAUUAUUGCUGCACGGUAUUAAGCUCAUUAUACCAAAUAUUAUUUAUGAUUGCCUCCCUCCCUCACAGAACAACAAGGCUAUGUUCGUAUAGAUGGAAAACCAAUAGAACAAAGGCAAAAUGAUGUUCUAACUUAUAGUUUCAAUUGUUAAAAUAAAGUGAAAUGAUGAAAUGUAUUUUAUUUAGUUUAGAAGUUAACUUUCAUUUGAAGA